CUUGGGAGUGAGUGUUUUGAACUGUAGAAAAUUAUAACUAAAAAAAUUAUAAAUAAAUAAAUAAUUUGAUGUAAGAGAGAGAAGGAGAAGGUAGAGGUGGGUGUACUAAACUAAAUAAUUAUAUAACUACCGUACAUAGAUUACUAGCAACCCUUUUGUUGUACUUACUACUUAAUUCCCCGAAUCAAAUGGAGCUGUUUUAUGCUUCAUAUGGAUCCGCUUUUCUCGCUUCUCUUCACUCCUUCACCAUAAUAAAACUUCAUUCCUAUGUCACUUUAGGAGUUGAGACACAAAACUCUUCACCUUUUCAAGCUUAAACUCUCUGUCUCAUAACAACACAUUCAAAUCCACCACACACACAUAUAUAACUCAAUAACUAAAGAAGAACGAAGCUUUGUGGUCUGUGAAGUAGUUGCUAAAGUUAUGGGGAAGGAGUACUGGUAUUGGGGUGGAAAAUCCUCAAAGAGAGGACGAGAAGCAGUAGCUAAAGACGCAGUCACUGCUUCGGCUGGUUGCAUGUGUGCGGUGUUUCAGUUGUUUGAUUUUCAGCAGUUUCAGCUGCCUAAUUUAAACCAGGAGGCUAAACCCUCUUUCAAAUCAGACAGUCCGUUCAUUCAGCCCCAGGAACCCAUUAGUCCAAAAGGUAUAGAGGCACCAAGGAACAGUUUGAAAUCUGACGAGGGCACUUCACUAUCAUCUAUCAUAGAGGAAGAAGAAGAUAAAGAAAAUUUCAAUUUGAAUAUCCCAGCUGUGGGCAUUCAAAUCAAAACAAAUGGAGGGUCAAGAUCAUCAUCAAAAGCUGAAGGAGCUAUCAGUGAUUUUUCCUCAGAGACUAGCAGCUCUCCAAGUACCAAGACCCCAAGCUUGGUAGCAAGAUUAAUGGGCCUAGACCUUCUUCCAGAAACCAAUUCCCCAACUUUUACUCCACCAGCCUCUCAUUCAACCCAAAAUCGUCUUAAGAGAUUACCUCUGAGACCUCGCCAGCCUCAGCCCCAAACCAAAGCCAGACAGUAUAUGGACACUGGUGCUGAUCUUACUAAUUCCGGCACUCGUUCAUUACCGGAGACUCCAAGAAUAUCUUUGGCCAGAAGGUCAGACGUGGAUUAUCACCCCCGACUAUCGCUUCAAAUCAAUAAAGAGAAUAACAACGCUGCUAGUCUUAGUACUGAUGAUUUGGACUUCUCAAAGUUAUCUGCUUUAAGAAGAAAGCAGUUAAGAGUUCACGAAGACCAUCAUUACGAGAGCAGUACUAGAAGUCCAGGUCAUUACGCUAGACAGAUUGUCAAGCAGGUCAAAGAAAGUGUAAGCAGGAAAGUUGGUUUGGACAUAACAAACACUUGCAGGAACAGAGAAUAUCAGAGCAAAGAUGAACUUGGUAAACAGCUCAAAUCCAAGAAAGUCUCAAAGGUUUUGGCUAAACUUGAUGACCAAGCAUGUGGAGCAAAGAAUUACUCGAUAUCAAUAUCAAACACAUCCUGCUCUCCUAGGCUCAGAUUCGCAGACCCCAAGACUAGUAGUAGUACUAUCAGUACUACUUGUACCACUACUGCUGCUACAACAACAACAUCUUUAUGCGCCAGUAAAGAUCAAAUAACCAUUCAAAUUUCAAGGCCAUUACCAAUGACAUCAUCAACUUCAUCAUCUUCACUUGCGCCGGUCAAAGCUACAGUCAAGUCAAAGCAAACGCAAGAGAGAGGCCACCAUGAGACGACGACGACGUCGUUUCAAAAAAGCAGAUCAUCAAAAAAAGCUGGGCGUGAAGGCUUCAGUGCAAGGCUGCAAAAGAUGCAGGAAGAGACAUUUGUUCGUUCCUCAACCACUACCAGAAGCAAUAUUCCUGACAAGAAAUGCAAGAAGACCCCUUUGUCUAACAAUCUUCUUAACUUCAAUGUCCCAACUCUCUUUUCUGUCAAGAAAAGUCCCAUCUCUCAUAAACAGGCAACAGUAGCAGAGGUAUCUAAUAAUGCCCAAGAAUCGAAACGUAGGUCGUCACAGUUAUCUAGUUCUCAGAGCCAAAAGUACCAACCCCAAACAGAGUCCCACGUGCUCGAACCCCGAGACACUACAAACGACGUCGUCACCGCCGCCGCAGUUGCUGUCGUCGACAAACCAAACACCACCGCCACCAGCUGCGGCGCCAGGUCAGACCUCCACCAGUACAUAUCCAGAAUACUUUUCCGUACAGGCAUAGUGAGAACAUCCCACGUGUCCUUCACCAAUUGGUUCUCUCCCUCACAUCCAUUGGACCAAUCCAUUUUUCACCGCCUUGAGAACUCCUUUUACCUCCAAGAUUCCUCUACUUUCACCCAUCUUUCAGCCCAGUUUCGUCUUCGGUCGAACCGGAGGUUAGUGUUCGAUGUCAUUGACGAAAUCUUGGUCGAGAUAUUGAAGCCUCAUAUGAACUUGAAGCCAUGGAUCAACACACGCGGUCGGUCAAGAUCAUCCGAGUUUUGGAUCAUGCAUGGUUCCCAGUUGAUCGACACGUUGUGUUUGAGAGUUGAGAGCUUUCCCAACACAGAUUGCCAGGUGUUGGAAGAUAUUGAUGGGUUAAUCGAUAGAGAUCUUCCUCAGUUGAAGGUCCAAAGUGAGAUGGCAUAUGAGGAAGAAGGAGAAGGAUUAGUGAUGGAGAUUGAAAGAGACAUUCUACACACGAUACUACAUGAAACGACAAUGGUAAUGGUUGGAGAUCUCACGUACUACUAGAAGAAAAAAAAACGAUGUCGUUUAAGUGAUGGGAUGAAUAGUUUUGAGUACAACUCUCCAUACUUGGGUGGGUGAGGGUCCAUAGUAUUUCACGUGAUGAGAUGCUAUAUGAUGCUGGGGUUUACGGUGGACCCUCUUUAUGAAUAUUAUUGGGACUUGUAAAGUGGUUUAGGGGUUGACACGUAGGACAGAGUCUUGGCCACCCGACAAGGCCUCGCGCGCCCUCUUCAGUUCUCAAAAGACAACAAUAUUGGCAGAGGAAUCCCUUCAAGCAAUUCUCUUCUCUCUCUCUGUCGCUCGCUCGCUUUCUUGUAUAUUAAUAUUCGAGUUUUUGUUUGAUAAGGUCAUGAUUUAUUAUGUUCUUCUUACUUUUUUUUUUCUUUCAACUUUAACUUUAAGAAACUUUAAGGUAAUGUUUCAGCUUUUAAUAGUAUCG